AAAGGUGGUCUGACCCAGAACAGGGCCCUCAUGUCCACAUCCACUCAGUCAGAGCUUACAGGGAAAGGCGGUCUGACCCAGAGCGGGGCCCUCAGGGCCACAUCCGCUCAGCCAGAGCUUACAGGGAAAGGUGGUCUGACCCAGAACAGGGCCCUCAUGUCCACAUCUACUCAGCCAGAGUUUACAGGGAAAGGUGGUCUGACCCAGAACAGGGCCCUCAUGUCCACAUCCACUCAGUCAGAGCUUACAGGGAAAGGCGGUCUGACCCAGAGCGGGGCCCUCAGGGCCACAUCCGCUCAGUCAGAGCUUACAGGGAAAGGUGGUCUGACCCAGGCCAGAGCCCUCAGGUCCACAUCCACUCAGCCAGAGCUUACAGGUAAAGGUGGUCUGACCCAGAACAGGGCCCUCAUGUCCACAUCCACUCAGUCAGAGCUUACAGGUAAAGGUGGUCUGACCCAGAACAGGGCCCUCAUGUCCACAUCCACUCAGUCAGAGCUUACAGGGAAAGGUGGUCUGACCCAGAACAGGGCCCUCAUGUCCACAUCCACUCAGUCAGAGCUUACAGGGAAAGGCGGUCUGACCCAGAGCGGGGCCCUCAGGGCCACAUCCGCUCAGUCAGAGCUUACAGGGAAAGGUGGUCUGACCCAGGCCAGAGCCCUCAGGUCCACAUCCAUUCAGCCAGAGCUUACAGGGAAAGGUGGUCUGACCCAGGACAGGGCCCUCAGGUCCACAUCCACUCAGCCAGAGCUUACAGGGAAAGGUGGUCUGACCCAGGACAGGGCCCUCAGGUCCACAUCCACUCAGCCAGAGCUUACAGGGAAAGGUGGUCUGACCCAGGACAGGGCCCUCAGGUCCACAUCCAUUCAGCCAGAGCUUACAGGGAAAGGUGGUCUGACACAGGACAGGGCCCUCAGGUCCACAUCCACUCAGCCAGAGCUUACAAGGAAAGGGGAUCUGACUCAUUUGUGGUAGGACUCUUUAUGCCCUUUCCUCUGUGACUCAGAGUAGGAGCUCAGCAGUAGAACUCCUUUUCUCCAAAUGCUUUCCCCCUUGACUCUGCCUCAGUGGUAGGACUUCUCCUCUUCAUAGACUGUUCCUUGUGGCUCUGCCUCAGUGACAGGGCCGCUCCUCUCUGCACCCUUUUCCCUGUGACACUGUCCCAGCUGCAUGACUCAUCUCUGCAACCGUUCUCCCAUAACUCUGCCUCAGUAGUACUACUACUCUACUAGGGGUGUAAACAUGGAUUGACGCAUCAUGAUGAAUUAAAUAUUACAGUGGCAAAUGAAUGCAUCAAUCUGUAAUGUUAGUCAGUUUUUUUGGGAAACGUAAAGAUGCACCUACUUCCAGGUCGUCCGCUCUCAAAUUCACCUUUUACAGGUAGACACACAAAGUAGGAAAGUCAGCACAAUUAAGAACAUUCCUCAGGAUACUUGGUUAAUAAUAUUGGAUAAUUAAGAACCUGAAUUUGAGACAAAGCCCUUAUAGUAUAGCUGACCACAUCCGUCCAUCCAUCCAUCCAUCCAUCCAUCCAUCCAUCCAUCCAUCCAUCCAUCCAUCCAUCCAAACACUUACCCUAGUCAGGGUCACGGGGACCUGGAGCCUGUCCCAGGCUGCUUUAGGCACAGAACAGGGGCACAUCUUGUAUGAGAUGCCAGCUUUUUUUAGUCACAGGGCAGGGGACACCCUGGAUGGCAUGCCAGUCCCAUCACAGGGCACAAACACACAGCCUUACUCACAAUCAUG